UUUUUGGGAAGGAGGUACAAUUUAAUGCAAAUCCCUCUUAAUUUGGGAUCUUUUUCAAAGUUUGUUAAAAAAAAAAAAAAAAAAAAAAAAAACAAUUAAUCUUGAGCAUACCCUUUGCCGCGAAAUCUAGCUUUACAAUUGGUCUCAUGAACAUAGCCGUUAAUAAUUCCUCUUUUUCAUAUCUAACACAAAACUUCAAAAUUUUGUCAUCAAUAAUUACAACAAGACAUUAUGCUAUGUUUCCUUCAAAUCAUCAAAACCUUAUUUCUCAAUUACAAUUAUGCAAAAAAAUCUCUGAAAUCACUCAAUUUCAUGCCUUAAUUAUCAAAACUGGUCAUGACCAAAUUCCUUUCACAUUAAGUAAACUUCUUGCAUGUUCAAUCCAAUAUACAAACUAUACAUUUUCUAUUUUCAAAUACAUAAAAACCCCAAAUCCUUAUAUGUAUAAUACUAUGUUACGUAGUUAUUCAAUUAGCGAUGACCCAAAAAAUGGUCUUGUUUUUUUCAACUACAUGAGGGGUAAAAAUGUCAUUCUUGAUCAAUUUUCUUUUAUUUCUGGACUUAGGUCUUGUAUACGUUUAUUUGAAAAAUGUGCUGGUCAAGCUAUUCAUUCAGUUGUUUUGAAAUGUGGGUUUGAUUUUUUUCUUGAUUUAAAGAAUACCCUUUUGAAUUUUUAUUGUGUUUGUGGUGAAAUCCGUUAUGCGCGCCAACUGUUCGAUGAAAUGCCUAAGAGGGAUUUGGUUUCUUGGAACACUUUGAUGGGUGGUUAUCUUGGUGUACAUAAUUAUUCUGCUGUUUUGGAUUUGUUUGUAAAGUUGCAUAGUGAUGACAUUUCUGCUAAUGCCACGACGAUGCUUUGUGUUUUGUCUGCAAUUGGUGAGUUAAAGAUUGAUUUGUUAGGGGAGUCCCUGCAUGGUUAUUGUAUAAAGAUUGGAUUUUGUUAUAGUUUGAAGGUGUUAACUGCAUUGAUAUCUAUGUAUGGGAAGAUUGGUUGCAUUAGUUCGAGUCGUAGUUUAUUUGAUGAAGCUUAUCCGAAAGAUGUUGUCUUGUGGAACUGUUUGAUAGAUGGAUAUGCUAAAAAUGGCUUGCUAGAAGAGGCAUUGUCUCUGUUGAGGCAAAUGAAGGUGCAAAACUUGACGCCGAAUUCGUCAACCUUGGCUGGUUUGCUUUCUUCUUGUGCUUCCUCUGGAGCUCCCAGUAUGGGUCAAUAUAUUCUGAACUUUGUAGAAGAGGAGCAGUUAGCUUUGGAUCCGGUUCAUGGCACGGUAUUGAUCGAUAUGUAUGCGAAAUGUGGGUUGCUUGUGAAGGCAGUUAAUGUUUUCAACAAUAUGGAGACGAAAGACGUGAAGUGUUGGACAGCAAUGAUAAUGGGGUACGGGGUAAACGGGGAGGCAAAGGAUGCUAUUGCACUCUUCCAUCGAAUGGAGGAUGAAGGUUUUAGGCCUAACGAAGUGACUUUCUUGGCAGUAUUUAGUGCUUGUAGCCACGGAGGAUUGGUGGCAGAGGGAGUUAGUUGUUUUAGAAAAAUGGUGCUGGAAUAUGGCUUGACUCCGAAAAUUGAGCAUUAUGGAUGUUUGAUUGAUAUCUUAGGCCGUGCUGGAUUGCUUGAAACCGCACGAGAACUAAUAAAAGGUUUGCCCAUUGAAGGGGAUGCUACUGCAUGGCGGGCAUUACUAGCAGCAUGCAGAGUUCAUGGUAGUGUUGAGUUGGGAGAACAAGUGAAGAAAGAACUAGAACAGAGAUUUGGCGAACACCCUGCUGAUUCACUACUACUGAACGGUACUUAUGCAGCCGCUGGUAUAUCGUCCGAGGAGAAGGAAGGUAAAUUAGAAAAAGAGGUGGGAUCUUCUUAUAGCAGUGGGAAGAAGGAACCUGGAUGCAGCUCAAUUGAAUUAUGUGAUAAUGGCCCGGGUUUUUCCUAGCCAAGUUGAAGUACCCUAGUUCCUAGAGGACCUUGCCUUCAGCUGCCACAACACAAUUUUGGUCUUCAGUAUAAGAACUGCUUCUCCUUUUUUCAGACAGAGAGAGUACGUUGGCAAGCGGAUUAUCAAUUAUUCAUUGCACUCAUUUGCAAUAAUAUGAUAGACAAUUCAUUCAUUCAUUCAACAUAAUGAUGUAAGAUCAAUCUCCAAGAAAUAUCAUGCAUAACAUCAAAAUGUGUCUUUUCUUUU